UUACUCUAUAAAUAGGUUCUUUUGGUUCAGAAAUAUUUGGAUUUCAUUUCCGCUACUUUCUUGCAAUUCUUGUAUCUUUCCCUGCUGUUCUUGAGUUUCUUCUUUCUUGGUUCAGUUCUUGGACUUUCUUGGGUGUGUGUUCUUCUACUUCUCUAUUAUUGUAAAAUCUUGGUCAGAGAAGUCUCUUUUACCUGGAGAUACAAAAAUGACAAUAAAAACAAAGGGGUUAAUUGAAAGGAAUUUCCCAGAAGAACUAAAGAAAGUUCUUCAAUCAGUGGCCUCUGAAUGGGGAGAUGUGGUGGAUGAUAUGAAUUCUUUGCAGGUUAUACCAUUAAAAGGAGCUAUGACUAAUGAGGUUUUCCAAAUAAAUUGGCCUACAAAGAAUGGUGAUAUUAUUCGAAAAUUGUUGAUUCGGAUUUAUGGUGAAGGUGUUGAAAUGUUUUUCAGGAGAGAUGAUGAGAUUAGGACUUUUGAAUGUAUGUCAAAGAAUGGACAAGGGCCUAGGCUUCUUGGCCGGUUUGCAGAUGGCAGAGUUGAAGAGUUCAUUCAUGCUAGGACACUAUCAGCUGCUGACCUCCGUGAUCCUGAAAUAUCUGCUCUAGUGGCAGAAAAGAUGAGAGAAUUCCACGAUCUUGAUAUGCCUGGUCCAAAGAAAGUACUACUAUGGAGCAGAAUGAGGGAUUGGCUGGCUGAGGCAAAAUGUUUGUGUUCUGCGAAAGAUGCAAAGCAAUUUCAUUUGGAUAGUCUAGAAGAUGAAAUCAAUAUGCUAGAGAAGCAACUGUCACAAGAAUAUCAGGAAAUAAGAUUUUGUCACAAUGACCUGCAAUAUGGUAACAUAAUGAUGGAUGAAGAGACAAGAUCAAUCACCAUAAUUGACUAUGAGUAUUCAAGUUACAAUCCUGUUGCAUAUGACAUUGCAAACCACUUCUGUGAAAUGGUAGCUGAUUAUCAUUCUGAUACACCACAUAUUCUGGACUAUAGCAGAUAUCCAGGAUUAGAGGAGCGCUGCAGAUUUGUUCGUGCAUAUCUAAGUUCAGCAGGUGAGAAACCUAGUGAAGAUGAAGUGGAACAGCUAGUCAAUGAUGCAGAGAAGUAUACUCUAGCAAACCAUCUCCUUUGGGGCUUAUGGGGAAUAAUUUCAGGUUAUGUAAACACACUAGAUUUUGACUACUUGGAGUAUGCAAGGGAGAGGUUUGAGCAGUAUUGGUUGAGAAAGCAUGAAUUAUUGGGAUCCUUUGAUGUUCAAGCUAAUGGUUAUGUAGUUGAUGCUACAUGAGGGAUUUGAUAUCUCUUUUCUUUACUGAAUUUCAUGUAGAAUACAAAUUUAGUCACCCAUAUUGUUACUGCCACCUCAGUUCUUGAAAGAAAUCAUUGGGAAUAGAAUGUAAUAUGUUAGGUUGUGGAUUUCUGAUUCCAAUUUACUUGCUUGUUUGGUAUAAAUAAAUUUAGGUACGGUAUUCAUUUAUAAAUGAUAAAAAUGAUUUAGUUAUGUUAA